AUUAUACUCUUAUCAAAAACCAAAAAUGGGGAUCUUAGCAUUCAAGUGGGCAGCCGAAGGGGAAGGCAACAACAAACUGACGCUUAUGAUGAACAGAGACAAUUAUGUAAGCAGGGUCAUAAGUGGUGCGUCUUGGAACAGCCAUAUCUUGAGUGGUCGGUGCGAAUAUAACAAUGGAACGUGGUUUGCUAUUUCUAAACGAGGACGAGUCGCGUUUCUCAUGAGUGUAACGUUGAUUGUUGACGACUUUGAACCAGACAGCGGCUGCGAGUUGUACCCUGUUAAAUUCUUGGAGAGCAAUCUGAGUCCUCAAGAGUUUGCCGAGCAAAUGGUACAACGUGACGGAACAAGACAAUGCGGGUGGUCCUAUAGCCUUAUAGUCGCAGACAUGAACUCGAACUCAAUGGUUCAUAUCAGGAAGCCCGACAAAAGUCAGCCGAAUUUUAUGAUACAAACUGUUCCGUUUGGUGUGCACACACUUUCUCCUUUUGAAGGUCUCGAUUCCAUGACCGAACCCAAGGAUGUGCACCUGAAACACCGUUUUACUCAGAUGAUUAGUGGCUUGGGAAACAAUCCACAACCACAGCUUGAAGCGUUUGCUAGGAGAUCUAUGUGUAGUCCUGGGGAAGGAACGAUGUUUACGGACAGAAUGAUUAUCCAUGCUGUCUCCGAAGGAUUGCAUCUCCAUGGAACAACAAGUACUACAGCGUUACUGGUGAAACACUCUAAGGAAGUGAUAGUCUUUGAGAGGUUCAGGAACAAUAAUUCUGUAUGGAACGAGCACGAAUUCCAUUUCUACCACUCGGAGUAGAGAAGAGAGAGUUGCAAAGAAACACUGAGCUAGCAGCAUCCAAAUAUAAUUAAUAAAUAAUGUUGUUGAUGCUGUAUAUAAUAAUAGAUCUCUUCUCUCUAAUUAAAAACAUUAUGAUGCUUAAUAAUAAAUAAAUAAAUUGUUUGUUUUCUAUAAAUUAAACUUUCCUAUAUGGU